AUGUUUACCCGGUUAGUUUGUAUCAGUGAUUAUGAACAACAUGCUAAAUCAGUACUUCAGAAGUCUGUAUAUGACUAUUACAGGUCUGGGGCAAAUGAUCAGGAAACAUUGGCUGAUAAUGUUGCAGCAUUUUCCAGAUGGAAGCUGUAUCCGCGGAUGCUCCGGAAUGUUGCUGAAAUAGACCUGUCGACUUCUGUUUUGGGACAGAGGGUCAGCAUGCCAAUAUGUGUUGGGGCUACUGCCAUGCAGUGCAUGGCUCACGUGGAUGGGGAGCUUGCAACUGUGCGAGCCUGCAGGUCACUGGGAACCGGGAUGAUGCUGAGUUCCUGGUCCACUUCCUCAAUUGAAGAAGUGGCAGAGGCCAGUCCCGAGGCACUCCGCUGGCUGCAACUGUACAUCUACAAGGACCGUGAGGUCACCAAGCAGCUAGUGCAGCGGGCAGAACAAAGGGGCUACAAGGCCAUAUUUCUGACAGUGGACACUCCUUACCUCGGGAACCGCUUUGACGAUGUGCGUAAUAGGUUCAAGCUGCCACCUCAACUCAGAAUGAAAAAUUUUGAAACCAAUGAUUUAGCAUUUUCUCCAAAGGAAAAUUUUGGAGACAAUAGUGGACUUGCUACAUACGUAUCUAAAGCAAUAGACCCAUCCAUCAGCUGGGAGGAUAUUAAAUGGCUGAGGGGGCUGACAUCAUUGCCAAUCGUUGCAAAAGGCAUUUUGAGAGGUGAUGAUGCCAGGGAGGCAGUUAAACAUGGUUUGGAUGGGAUCUUGGUGUCGAAUCAUGGGGCUCGACAACUUGAUGGGGUGCCAGCCACCAUUGAUGCCUUGCCAGAAAUCGUGGAGGCUGUGGAAGGGAAGGUGGAAGUCUUCCUGGAUGGGGGUGUUCGGAAAGGCACCGAUGUCCUGAAAGCUCUAGCCCUUGGAGCCAAGGCUGUGUUUGUGGGGAGGCCAAUCAUUUGGGGCUUGGCAUCCCAGGGAGAGAAAGGUGUUCAAGACAUCCUUGAGAUCCUAAAGGAAGAAUUCCGAUUGGCCAUGGCUCUGAGUGGGUGCCAGAACGUGAAAGUCAUCGACAAGACAUUGGUGAGGAAAAAUCCUUUGGCCGUUUCCAAGAUCUGA